AUACACUACGACGCUGCGAGAGGGUCAGGAGGAAGAGUCGAGCAGGCACACGCGCUCGAGGUGAGUUACUCCGCGGCGCGCGCCCGAACCCCGCAGCUAGGUGACAACGAACUGAAUGGUAGCAUCGCACUUCGACUGUUACACCUAAUACAACGCCCUGCGCAACGACUAGUCCGGCGUAGAGCGACAUCAACUCGCCUGUACUAUGCAUCCAGGCUUCCCACUCAUACAUACCGCGGUGUACGUCCCCCAUCUGCUCUUACCUGUAGAUCUGAACAAGCGCCUCGCCUUGUGAACCCCAACGUGUCGCUGCACGGCGUGGAUUGCCCAUCUGACCCCUACAAUCGAUCUGGAAUCGAUGCUGGCCCCCAGGUUUUCGCCGCAGAGCACGACGCCCGCGACACAGAUUGGCGCUUGCUACAGUUCACUAGAAGCGGUGGGGAGAUAGCCGGUAAGGCUAUAUGA